AAGAACUUGACUCAUAUCCGUCCUCAUAUGUUCCCUCCAUCUGCAGAAAUAAUAAAAGACUUGCAUCUUGAACACUGCAUAAGAAUCCUGCCUCAUCAUCAGGACACUGGUGGUUUUUUUGUAGCUGUACUUGAAAAGAAGGACAAACUUCCAUGGGAAAAAUCAUCUGAAAAUGGUGUCUCCUGUGAAGAAAAAAGUCCACCUCAAAAGAAAAGAAAAGUAUGGGGAUAUAAAGAAGACCCGUUUGUAUUUUUAGAUGAAAAUGAUGAAAUUUUUCCCAAGAUUAAGUAUGCAUUUUACAUUUAAUUUUGAAAUAAUUGAUAUUUACUGAAUAUUGCAUUUUU